UGCUUUCAGUCUUCCUUAGCGUGAAUUGGCUUUUAGUCGACGAGGUUGCAGUAAGUGUUGGUAAUAGAACCAUGAGGUGCGGGCCAGGCUGAGGAGAUCAUCGCUGGCUGCGCGGUGUCCUGAUGACCGAGGACCCUAACCAUCUGGCUCGUGCCUUCCGACGAUGCACAAAGAGCAUAACAAGGGCGUCAGAAGCUGCCCUGGAGAUCAGCCGCAAGGCUGUUGAAGAUCAACUAAAGAUAUGUGGCCACAAGAGGGAUGCUGAUGUCUUUGAGCUGUUCCUUUCUAAAAAGGAACUGACAGAGGUUAUUGAUCUUUCUAGGUUUAAAAAACUAAAGUACUUAUGGCUACAUCAUAACAAGCUCCAUGGAAUAAAAUUUCUAACUAGAAACUAUUGUCUGACAGAACUAUAUCUAAACAACAAUGCAAUAUUUGAGAUAGAAGGCCUGCACUACUUGCCUUCAUUGCAUAUACUUUUGCUACAACAUAAUGAGCUAACAAACAUCAAUGCAACAGUCAAGGAAUUAAAGGGAAUGCUGAAUCUGAAGACCCUAAGUCUCUACCAAAACCCACUGUGCCAAUAUAACCUGUACCGUUUAUACAUAAUAUACCACCUUCCAGGAGUACAGUUGCUUGACCGAAAUCAAGUUACAGAAAAAGAAAGAAGAUCAACGUUUACCAUUUUUAACCAUAAAAAGGCUCAUAUUGCUCAAUCAAUAGCAUUCAGAAGAAAAGUAGAUGCCUCUUGGGAUCCUAGAUCACCAUUUAAACAAAAACCAGCCCAGAAAGUACCUCCAGAUUUUGCAUUUGCAAAUAAUGUAGACAGAACUGUGUUUGAUGACCCAGAAGAUGCUGUUUUUGUAAGGUCCCUAAAGAGAUCAGCGAUGGCUAUUACCUUUCUGAACUGGGACACAGUUCCAACAAGAGAGGAAAAAUACCUUCAAGAGAAAGGUGCAGAACCUGCUCAAAUGCUCACAGUUACACUGAGAUAGCCCCUGAUAUUUCUACAUCCUAGUGUUUGUCUGUUGUAUAUUAAACUUUUCUGUGGUUCAGCAUAUUAGAUAUUUUUAUAUAUUAUUUGGAACAUUUAAAUGUAAGCAGAAACACCAAGAAUGAAAAAUAAUUCUUACACUUUAUGUUGUUUUUGUUGAAGAAGCAUGCAUACAGAAUAUACACAAAUCCUAAGUGUUUAGUUCAAUAAAUUUUUAAAAACUGAACAUGUUCAUUUAACUGGCAUCCUAGAUCAAGGAACUGACCAUUAUCAGCAUUCUAAAUGCCUCCUAUUCCUUCCACCAGUCCUAUGAUCUGUUACGACCCACUCCAAAAGUAAUCACUCUCCUGAUUCCUAAACCAUAAAUUGUGUCUGUUUUUGAAAGGCAUAUAAAGGGAAUCAGAGAAGUUUAAUUAUUUGAUGUUUGGCUUCUUUUACUCAACACUGUAAAAUUCACUCAUACUGCUAGUAGCAAUAGUUCUGUCACUUGCACUGCUGUGUAAUAUUCCACUGUGUGAUUCUGUCACAAGUUAUGCAUCUGGUCUACUGCCUUUUAUUCUCUCCUUUGGAUGCCUUUGAUAGUUCUGGGUGUGGGCUCAUGAUCUGAGAUUGGCCUAGCCAGAACUCUGCUGCUUGUGGAAAGAGAAACCAGAAAAGCUUGCCUGGUGCUGAGACACAAAUCUGGACAUUAACGUAACUCAAACGCAUUGCUACAUGCAAAGCUAAUAAAAAGGAGAGGGACAUUCUCCCUUAUCUGAUAGUAAUUAAAUACCAUCACACUGUAACACGGAUACACUAUAGACAUUGGGCUG